GAAUUAAUAUUUUGUAUGUAUUUAUUGACUAAUCUUUGAUUAUAUUUAGUUUUAUGAAGAGUUUAAUUGAAUGUGUAUUUCAUUGAAUUGUAUAUAAGUUUUAAUUUAUUUAUGUUAUGUUAUAUUUGAAUGAAUAUAUUGUGUGUAGUCUUUGCCAUUAGCAGACAUCACUUAAGAGGACAAUUAGAUCCACAGAUCACUGAACACAGCCAUUGCUCUAUCGUUGCAGAUAUUUUCACCACUCGUGAGGACACAGAAAAUGUAUGACCAGAACAGUGAUAGUCAUGUCAUAAACGGUUUGCUUCACUCGGAAAGAGUGGCAAUCCUUGACUGCGGAGCACAAUAUGGGAAGUGUAUUGACCGAAGAGUACGCGAACUCAGCGUCGAGUCACAGAUACUUCCGCUCAACACUUCCGCACAAAAGCUCCUCUCAGAUGGAUAUAAAGCCAUCAUUAUAUCUGGAGGUCCGGGCAGUGUCUACGCCACCGAUGCCCUGCCAUACGAUCCCGAGAUCUUCAAGAUAGGUCUACCAGUUCUGGGCAUCUGUUAUGGGAUGCAAAUGCUUAACAAAGAGUUCGGAGGAACUGUUCAGAGGAAAGACAACCGUGAAGACGGACAGUUCACUAUCAGUGUAGACACCACUUCACCCCUCUUCAGUGCCGCUAAGACACUUAGUCCAGCGCCUACCCAAAUUUUGGUAACCCUUCAGCUCAGAAUAACAGCCAAUCAACACUACUUGCCGAUCGCCAACGAGAAGCUGAGGUUAUAUGGAAUGCAAUUCCAUCCCGAAGUAGAUCUGACGACAAAUGGCAAACAAAUGCUGAAGAAUUUCUUAAUAGACAUCUCAGGAUUGAGCGGCACUUUCACGAUGGCUUCGCGUGAGAUGGAGUGCAUUGAAUACGUGCGCAAAGCUGUCGGCAACAACAAAGUCUUAAUGUUUGUGAGCGGAGGUGUGGACUCAACCGUUUGCGCGGCAUUACUACGUAAGGCAUUGAAGGAGGAACAGGUGGUCGCUGUUCACAUCGACAACGGCUUUAUGCGGAAGAAUGAGAGCGAAGCCGUUGAAAAGUCACUGAAAAGUAUUGGACUCAAACUCCAA